UUUACACGUUGUUUAUUAUACCUGUAAACAGGUUACACCUUGUUAGCAGCAUGGUUUUGUUUCCUUAAGUCGUUUUACUUCCCCAAAUGAAAACUCUUAUGGCCUAAUGGAGCAGCCAUAGGAUGUUUUGUCUGUUGCCAGCAGAGACCUUUCCUUGAGGCUCUGGGACCAACAACCAGGCAUCUUAAGUUUACCGAGACCCAGGCUUUUCUCACUUUCCCAGAAGUCCUUUCGACCGUCAAUCAAUGGCUGGUUCCUCCAUGGCGCAUGCGCGCCGCCUGCAUCCGGCAGCCGGGUGAAUUGCUGCCGGGCUCUCCCUGGUGUGGUUCUCCUAGUCAUGGCUCCGGACUCCGGGCCCUUCCCCGACGGACAAUUUUUGAAGCUGCUGCCUGUGGAUCCCCGGGACCGGGGCACCCAGCGCUGCCGCCUAGGACCGGCCGCCUUCCGCAGCCUGGGCGUGCGCCUGGGCUCGCCGAUGAGGAUCUCGUUGCCCGCCGGGGGCUGCUGCCUCUGCACAGCUUGGCCACGGCGCGACGGGGCGGACGGCUUUGUGCAGUUAGACUUGCAGUGCGCUAGCCCCGGAGCCGCGGCAGCUGCGGGGAGGAUCAGUAUGGACCGCUUGCAACCGGUGUCCUGUCCGCCCCUGCGGCGCCUAGAGGUGUGGCCCGUGCUGCGGCCGCAGGCGGGAGCCCCGAGUUCCGACGCGGUGCUGGAGGUAUCGCAGGAGCUGCUGCGCAACCGGCCGGUGUCGCGAGGACACGUGGUGGCCACCCCUCCCGGUAUCCCGGGCCCUGUAGCAGCUCUGCACGUGGUGAGCGGGACACCGGACCCAGAGCCCGCCGGGCGGGUCACACCGCACACCCGCAUCACGCUCAGCGACAAACCUCCGCCACAGGUCGAGCCUCCGGGGGAGGUGACCCUUGGGGGCCUGUCGGAGACGGCCGACUCCCUAAGGGAGCUGCUCCGCCUGCCGCUGUGUUAUCCGCUCGCCUUAGCCGCACUGGGGCUGGCGGUGCCCCGCGGGGUGCUCCUGGCGGGACCCCCGGGAGUGGGCAAGACCCAGUUAGUGCGGGCCGUGGCGCGAGAGGCGGGCGCCGAGCUGCUGGCGGUGAGCGCCCCGGCGCUGCAGGGCACUCGGCCCGGAGAGACCGAGGAGAAUGUGCGGCGCGUCUUCCAGCGCGCCCAGGAGCUGGCCAGCCGCGGGCCCAGCCUCCUCUUCCUGGACGAGGUGGACGCCCUGUGUCCCCGGAGAGGCGGCCCCCAGCGAGCUCCCGAGAGCCGCGUGGUGGCCCAGGUGUUGACGCUGCUGGACGGUAUCCACGGGGACCGGGAGGUUGUGGUCGUGGGAGCCACCAACCGGCCAGACGAGUUAGACCCAGCGCUUCGCAGGCCGGGGAGGUUUGACAGAGAGGUGAUCAUUGGAACUCCCACACUUAAACAGAGAGAGGCAAUUCUGGGAGUGAUUACUUCAAAGAUGCCCAUCUCCAGUCAUAUCGAUUUAGGCCUGCUGGCAGAAAUGACAGUUGGCUAUGUCGGUGCUGACCUGACAGCACUCUGUAGGGAGGCUGCCACGUGUGCUCUUCUCAAGAAUGAAAAGAACCAAAACAAUCCUAAAAUUGAGGAAACAGAUUUUCUUGAAGCUUUUAAAAAGGUUCAGCCCUCAUCAUUUCGGAGUUCCAUCGGACUGACAGACAUCAGGCCUGUUGGCUGGGAGCAGAUAGGGGGACUUGAAGAUGUGAAGCUGAAGUUAAAGCAGUGUGUUGAGUGGCCUCUGAAGUUCCCUCAGGAGUUUGCUAGGAUGGGUCUGACACAGCCAAAGGGCCUUCUCCUGUAUGGUCCCCCUGGAUGUGCCAAAACCACUCUGGUGAGGGCCCUGGCCACAAGCUGCCACUGCUCCUUCGUGUCAGUAUGCGGGGCUGACCUCUUCUCUCCUUUUGUUGGAGACUCAGAAAAAGUCUUGUCUCAGGUAUUUCGACAAGCAAGAGCCAAUACCCCAGCGCUUGUGUUUUUGGAUGAAAUUGACUCAGUCUUGGGGUCUCGCUCAGUCGGCUCCUCGGGAUGUGAUGCUCGGGAGAGAGUUCUUUCAGUUCUGCUGAACGAGCUCGAUGGUGUGGGAGUUAGGACGGUAGAGAGAAGAGGGAGUAAAGCAAGCCAACAGGAGUGUCAAGAAAUUCUUAGUCGGAGUGUCAUGAUUGUUGUGGCGACAAACAGGCCUGAUGUGUUAGACGAUGCCUUGUUACGACCUGGCAGAUUAGAUAAGAUGGUCUAUGUCCCCCCUCCUGAUCGAGAGGGCAGGCUUUCUAUUUUAAAAGUCUGUACAAACAACAUGCCAAUAGGGCUCAAUGUUUCUCUAGAGAACCUGGCAGCAGAAACCUGUUAUUUCUCUGGAGCUGAUCUGAGAAACCUCUGCAAAGAAGUGAGCUGCUCUGUUUGCUCUGCAAGAAAAUGGACUGGAAGCGACCACAGUGGAACAGGAGCACUUCACAGAAGCACUCAAGACUGUGAAGCCGUCCUUAACUCUGAAAGACCUGACUUUCUACGAAAACUUAUUUAAAAAAGAACUUUCCAACUUGGAAGAUCAUUAAAUUUUUAUUUUAUUCAGUUUUUUAUAUAAAGUGGUUUGCAACUUCACGCUUUCAUGAGAGGGGGAAGGGAGAGGUAGGGGACUGGAGAGAGAGAGAGAGAGAGAGAGAGAGAGAGAGAGAGAGAGAGAGAGACUGAGACACUAAGAACUUGCCUGAUAAGGACCAUUUCACUUCUGAAAGAUAUAUUAAACACUAUAGUAAAAAGCAUGUGUGUGAUUUUGUUAGGAUAAUUGUUUUUGGUGAUCGUCUUAUGACUUUGAACUGUAUUAUCCUUUGGGAAAGCUGCUGGCAUAGAGCAGUGGACUUCAGCAUGCUCUAGCCAAGAUUCACCACACUGGCAUUUUGUCACAUUUGUCUUUGCUUCUUCCUCUGCACCCACACCAUUUUCUUAACAGCCUCGGGCUACAACAGAGCCUUAAGUCAGUCUUGGGACAACACUGAGAAGUGUGCCAUUAGGCAAUUUUGUUGUGAAUGUCAUAGAGUAGUAUGGUUAUUCCAGCUAGAUAGUGACACCACCAGGUAAGAUUUUGGGAGUUCCCGCUCGUACACGUCUGUCACUCAAGCAUACUGUUCAUGGCUGUGCAUGUGCAAAGCUCCAUUAUGGCUGGUGUCGAGUAUGUGUGCCUCACAAAGUUGCCUUACGUUACAGUUAACUCACAAAUUCUAGGAAUUUUAGCAUCAACGUUUGUGUUUUAAUGUAUUCCAUAUAUUUCCCUGUCCCAGUGAUUCCCUGUGUGAUGGUGUUGUUUUCCUGUCAGACGAUUUAAUCUGGGAUUACACACUGAGUAGUUUUCUUGAGUCUUCCAUGUCUUGGAAACAAUUCUCAGUCUCUCUCGGCCUCGACAGCUUUGAGAAAUGUAGAUCAGGUUGGUUGGUUUGUCUGUCCGUCUGUCUCUGUCUCUCUCUCUGUCUUUCUCUGUCUCCCUCCCUCCCUCCCUCUCUCUCUCUCUCUCUCUCUCUCUCUCUCUCUCUCUCUCUCUCUCGCUCUCUCGCUCUCUCGCUCUCUCGCUCUCUCGCUCUCUCUCUCUCCCCCCCACCCCCCUUUGUAGAACAGGCAGCCCUGGACAUGUGUUUGUCAGGAUUUCUUUGGUUGUAGGUUGGAAAGCUCCCAGGUAGCUUUGCUCUCAGUAUCACGGAUGGAGACGUGCUCUCCGCAGCGUUGGUGAUGUUUGUUCUGAUCACUCAGUAUUGUUUAGUUUCCCUAUCAUACACUUAACUUUCCCCCUUUUAUAUUAUACAUAAUUUGAGGUCAUAGACUUGUCUGUGUGUUUAUUUUUAUAGAAGUAAUUAAAAAUUAAAAACAGUUUGGUAUUUAA